UUAGCACCGAAAUUAACGGUUACGGAUCUCACCUCGAUUUCUGCAAAAAUGCAAAAAGCGAUGAUCUAGUUUACGGUUUUACACUGCAUUCGAAAACCCCAGAAGAAGAAAAAAAGUAAAUACCAUUUUUGCCUCAACCAAUUUAAAUUAAUUACAAAAUCGCCAUCUUCUGUUGAUAAAUUUUCCCUGUAUUCGAAAACCCUAGAAAGGAGAUCAAAAGACAUAAUCUUUGCCUCAAUUACUGCAAAUUAUCUUCAAAAUCACCAGUUUCUGUUGAUAAUUUGCUGCAAUUGAGAAUUUUCAUGGAAAUUAUUCGAAGUUUCUGAUCCUUAAAUAUUAGAGAUGAGAGGUUAUUUCCUCAUCAUAUUCUUUUUAGCAAUUGUGCUCAUAGCUGUUGUAUAUGGAGCUCCAUCAAAUUCUGAAGGAUCCGAUCCGGAAGUUGAGGUCCCAACUACCUCAGAAGUUCCACCUUCAACUUCUCUAUUGCCUCUCAAACCUAAACGCGAUACAGCGAUUAUAGCUGCUCCAGAUGGCACGAUCCACCUGCUGGAGCUAAAAUCAGGAGAACUUAUCUGGUCAUUUAGGUCAGGGGCAUCCAUUUAUUCUUCUUAUCAAGCUCUCUCUGAUUAUCAAGGUGAUAGUAACAAUGUUACCAUUGAGGAUGAUAACUUCUAUAUAGAUUGUGGUGAAGAUUGGAAACUAUACAUGCACGGGAAUGGCUUCGAAAAAGUGGAGCUUCCAUUCAGUGCGGAAGAAUUUCUAAAGCGUACUCCAUAUGUCUCAGAUGGUGGAAUCAUGUUGGGAUCAAAGAAGACCACUGUAUUCAUUGUUGAUGCUAAAACCGGGAAACUUAUCAACACAUUUAGGUCGGAUGUGUUUCCUUUAGAAGGUGAUACAGAUGUUGGACAAAAUCCAAUUGUAGCAAGGGAGGAUGUUGAAGAAUGGGCAGCAGCGCAGGACACAGACUCGGAAGCUCUAAAUCCACUCUACAUUAUGAGAACAGACUAUGCUCUGAAAUAUACUUCUUCGAAGACCGGAAAGGUUUUAUGGUACUUAAUGUUUGCUGAUUUUGAGGCUUCACAGCAAUGUAAACAAAUUGAGAGUUUUGUUGGUGAUCUUUCUGACCAAGAGGAUCAAUUGAAUUCUGGAUAUGGAGUUUGUCCUACAAAGCCAGCUGUCCACCGAGUGAGGAAUCUUAGAUCAUUAGAAUCACUUUUUGCAUCUGGUAGGCCACAGAAUGCUCUUUCUGGAAAUGAGGCGCUUUCUUUACCUGCUUCUUAUCCUGUAUUAAAACCAGUUACUGAACUAUCGGGAUUAAACGAAGCUGAUAUAAUCCGUUCUUCACCUUCACCUAUGACUAAAGAAUUUGGGGUCAUGCGUUUGCUUAGUGGAGAUAAUGGCCAUCUAAAUAUGUCACCUCCAUCUAUGGCUAAGGAAUUUGGGGUCAUGCGUCUGCCUAGUGGAGAUAAUGGUGAUAUAAAUACAAUCACGAAAUCUGAUGCUUUAGUACAUUCAUAUAACUGGAGUUCUGUUGUGCUAAACGCAUCCAUGCUGCUUAUUGCAGUUUUCUCUUUUGCUUAUACUGUGCUGUGGAAAAGGUGGAAGUUGCACAAGCAGGCAACAGAUCCCGAAUUGCAUGUGACCUCCAAGAAGAAGAAAGCUCGAAAGUCAGGUUUGAGUAAGAAAAGUACCCGUGGCGAGAAGAAUAAGAAAACUAAUCAUAAUGAUGAUGCUGAAGUAAGUGGUGGAUUCCCUGAAAUUGGAAAGAGUGAGAAAGUUUUGGAACUGAACUUAUUCAAGUAUGGUAGUCUUGUAUAUCAUAGGAAGAUAGGUAAGUUGUUGGUCUCUAACACUGAAAUAGCUAAGGGGAGCAAUGGCACUAUCGUACUCGAGGGAAUCUAUGAUGGUCGUCCUGUAGCUGUUAAACGACUUGUCCAGACCCAUCACGAAGUGGCUGUGAAAGAAAUUCAGAAUCUUAUUGCCUCAGAUCAACACCCAAAUAUUGUUCGUUGGUACGGGGUGGAGUACGAUCAAGAUUUUGUUUAUCUCGCUCUUGAGCGUUGCACCUGUAGCUUAUAUGAGUUUACAUCAUCAUUCUCCAGCUCCUGCCAAAAGCAAUUUUCUGGAGAUGACCAGGAUGCCGGUUGUUUAACUGAUUGCACCGUAAAAUUUCAGUGGAAAUCUGGAGAUAAGGAGGACUUCCCGUUAUGGAAGCCCAAUGGAUAUCCUUCAGCUCACUUGUUAAAAUUGAUGAGAGAUAUGGUUCAUGGCCUUGCCCAUUUGCAUGAACUGGGAAUUGUACACCGGGACUUGAAGCCUCAGAAUGUUCUUAUAGUAAAGGAGAGAUCUAUAAGUGCAAAAAUUUCAGAUAUGGGUAUCAGCAAGCACCUUGCAGGGGACAUGUCUGCAUUAACCAAAAAUUCCACUGGCUCUGGGAGUUCAGGCUGGCAAGCACCUGAGCAACUUCGUGAUGAACGGCAGACACGUGCUGUGGAUUUAUUCAGUUUAGGUUGUGUACUCUUUUUCUGCAUAACCGGGGGAAAACAUCCAUAUGGGGAUAGUCUUGAACGUGAUGUAAAUAUAGUUAACAAUCAAAAAGAUUUAUUCCUGAUAGAGAAUAUUCCAGAGGCAGCAGAUCUCAUUAGUGCACUCCUACAUCCAAAGCCAGAGCUGAGGCCAAAGGCAGUGGAAAUACUGCAUCAUCCUUUCUUUUGGAAUUCCGAGAUGCGGCUUUCAUUCCUCCGGGAUGCCAGUGAUAGAGUAGAAUUAGAGGAUAGAGAGAAUGGAUCUAAACUUUUGGAAGCAGUGGAAAGUGUUAAGACCGUGGCAUUGGGUGGUUUGUGGAAUGAAAAAAUGGACAGUGCCUUUAUCAAUGACAUUGGUCGCUACAGGCGUUACAAGUACGAUAGUGUCCGCGAUUUGUUACGUGUUAUCAGAAAUAAGUUAAACCAUUAUAGAGAACUUCCAAAGGAAAUACAGGGAAUUCUUGGACAGGUUCCUGAAGGAUUUGAAAGCUAUUUCUCCACCAGAUUUCCAAGACUUAUAAUUGAGGUUUACAAAGUAUUUCAUGCAUAUUGUUUAGAAGAAGAUAUCUUUCAGAAAUAUUUCAGAGGCAAUCAAAUUUAGCCAAUUCCAAACCCAUCUCUCUCCUGGAGACCAUUCAAACCUUUGUAUAUAUUGUAAUUUGUAUACUAUGAUAAUGAAUGAUUGACAAAAAUAGAUGUGUAAAUCUGACCUCUUCAACUACAGCUGGUCAUGCUCAUUCUAUUUCCAUAUUUGUCUUCUAUAGUUCAUUCCCGCUAUAUCUAGAGGGAUUUCAUAGUAGACUUUCCACAGUGUGAUGCUGGUAGUUGAAUGUAUACCUUUUUGAAAUA